AGGACAUGUUUGUGUAUGAAAAGUGGGUCGACCAAUGUCUUUUAAGACGUGAUAAGAUUGAUAAUUUUCUAGUUAAUGCAUACUGAAUCCAGUCAACUAAAAUACAUCUUGGAAUAGGUUUUAUCUCCAGCUCAGAUAACUAUGGCGAAUGACUACCUGGUCUCAAAGUGGAAGAAAUGGUUUGGUUUGUUCGAUAAUAACAAAGAUGGUAAGGUGUGUUAUGCUGAUAUGGAACUAGCCAGGGACAAAUUUUUAAAGCUGCACCAUUUGGAAGGCGAAGACAAAAAGAAUGCUAAUGACAAGUUUACCAAAUGGUGGUGCAAAUAUGUCAUGUGGGAAAAGCCAGAAAUAACUGUAGAGGAAUUCGUAGAAUGUCAAAAUACGGCUUUCAAAGCUGAUAAGGACAAAUUCGUAGAAAGAAUUAAGACUUGCCAAGAUGAAAUAGGGGAUUUCGUUGGCACUGCGCACGACGGUUUUAUAUCGGAAAAAGAAAUUGUUAUAAUAUUCAAAGCUGAAGGCCACGAUGAUGAAGCGCUCGACAAAAAGUUUUUUGCGCAUUUUUCUCCUGUCGGCGGGAAAGUGCCACUAAAUACGAUGAUUGGUUACUGGAUCCAUUUUCUUACGAGUGAGGACAUUUCCCUGCCGGAUCCAGUUCAGAGAGCUUUUGAGGAUGGCAUAUAAACAAGUUAAACGCUGCUUUUGUCCAAUAACGUUCAAAUAUUUAUGGAAAAGCAGAUUAAUGUAAACAUAUUAGAAGAUGGAUUUUCUUAUGGCUUUUUAAAUUGGUAAAUGUACAUAAAGUA